UUGAAUAUACUGAAUAAGAACGCCGAUUAGCAGCUCAGUAGGCGCAAUCAGUAGACAGCGAUACAACGCGUAAAGUCGCAUCUGUGAUUCCAGGGACAUCGCAAUAUCGCGCAAUCUGAAAUUGAAUCUUUGGAGGCGACUUCCGGCGAAAUGUCUGGCGAUCGACUGGAUGUGAUUAUCUUUGGGGCCAGCGGCUUCACCGGCAAGUACACGGUAUUCGAGGCGGUCACCGUGCUGCGCGGCUUGCGAUGGGGCAUAGCGGGCAGGAACCGCGAGAAGCUGGAGGCGGUGUUGAAGGAGAUGGGCGCCAAGGCCAAGAAGGACCUCUCGCAGGUGCCCAUCUUCAUCGCGGACGUCAACGACCAGACCUCCCUGCUGGAGAUGGCCAGAAAGUGCCGGAUUGUGGUGAACACUGCAGGACCCUACCGCUUUCACGGCGAAAACGUUGUGAAGUCCUGCAUCGAAUCGGGCACGCACCAUGUGGACGUUAGCGGGGAGCCCCAGUACAUGGAGACCAUGCAGCUGAAGUACGAUCAACUGGCCAGGGAAAAGGGCGUGUACGUGGUCAGCGCCUGCGGCUUUGACUCCAUACCCGCCGACAUGGGCGUCGUCUUUGUGGAAAAAAACUUCGACGGCGUGGUGAACUCUGUAGAGACCUUCCUGGAGAGCGGAAUUAAAGAGGGCGGAGGCACUGCCGGUCUCAACUACGGAACCUGGGAGAGCGCCGUCUACGGGCUGGCUCACUCUGACGAGUUGCGCGGCAUCCGGAAGCAGAUCUAUCCGCAGAGACUGCCCAGAUUCUAUCCCUUUCUCAAGCCACGACCGCUGGUCUUCCGCUCUACCGAGAUUGACAAAGUGUGUCUACCUUUUCCCGGCUCCGACCGCUCGGUGGUGAUGAGGUCGCAGCGCUUUCUCUACGACCAUGACAAGAAGCGGCCGGUCCAGAUGCAGGCCUACGUGGGAUUUUCGUCUUGGCUGGUCGCCGGCGCUGUCAUCCUUUUUGCCACAAUCUUCGGUCUGCUGUCAAAGUUCCAGCUGGGACGUACGCUGCUGCUCAAUUACCCCGGUCUCUUCUCCGGCGGACUGGCCUCUCGUUCCGGUCCAAGUGAGGAGUCGAUGGAGCGCACCUAUUUCAAGAUGACUUUUAAGGCCAGUGGCUGGCUAAAGAGCGAUCGCCUGGCCGAGAGCUCAGACCAAUACACUGAGUCCCCGACCAAGACGCUGAUGGUCCGCGUGUCGGGCAUGAAUCCCGGAUAUGGAGCCACCUGCGUGGCUGUGCUCUCAGCGGCACUGACCAUUCUUCGUGAGUCGGACAAGAUGCCCAGCACAGGCGGAGUGCUGCCUCCAGCUGCCGCCUUCUCUAAGACCGGCCUCAUUAGCGAGUUGGAGAAGCACGAUCACGGCAUGAAGUUUGAGAUUCUGGCCAACAAGUGAGGUCCAGAAUCGCACUUCUCCCUCUCAGCGGCUCUCUUUUAAUCACCUUUCUUGGCUGUUUGUUACUCGCGGUUUGAACUGUAAUUAUAUAAACACUUAUUAAAUUAACCCACACAUCCGCUGCUGUUGGGUACCUUUGUAAUA